AUGGAUCUCCCUCAUGAGCCCAGAGAGUGGAGUGAAUCCGAUCUGAAACUCUUCAGAUCAGGAGAAAGAAAAGCGGUCGUUCUAAGAAGGCUCAGUACCGAUGAGGGCACAUUUAGAGAAGAGUUAAGUACAAAGGAGGACUGGGACAACUGGUUCAGUCGUACACUCCCGGUCAUCGACUUGUGUAAGCUGACUCUAUGGUCUAGCAUGUGCAGCAGAGCUGGUGCUAUCUUUGAAGAGGAAGGGCAAGCGCCGGCUAACUAUCUACCGAUGCCGAAACCCACAUGGAGCCGCAUCACAAGGGAAUUCCAUGUCCACAGAGAAAUCACCAGGACCAUUUUGAGAGAUGUCGCCUGUUUUUCCUACCUGCCACAUCACGAUCCAGAUUCUCAUCAACUUAAACUAGGUUUCACCGCACGGAUGGCUACAACUUUACCAGACGAUUUGGCGUUGUCGUCUACUUAUAUCCCGAGCACCGGCUCCACGUUUGCAGUUGUCUACGGCUGCACCGAGAGACAAAUGAGUGACAUCGAAGCAAGAAUCCGAAGGUCUAAUGAGCAACUGAACCACCCCUUACUGAUGUCAGGUAUAUUCGUUGAACUUGAGCGCAAGAGAUUGGUGCUCUCCGUUGAUCAGUUAGUGGACGAGUUCACUCUGAAGUCCGACGAACUUGAAAGCGAACCCUGGAAUAUGGACCCAAAGGCAGACGAAGACGGCCAAAAGACACAAAAAGACUACUUGAACGUGUGCCUGCGCAGUCGAAGUCUAAUUGAUCACAUCCAGGCUUCUAAACGCCAGCUCUCAAAAUUCCUAGAUGAGAUCGACGAGGUUGCCGAGGAGCUUCAAUCACUGGGCCCGGAGGCCAAUUGGGCAGAGAGUCCUGCAACGCAAACAAAGCUGGGAAAGAUCGGUCGGGAUAUGAGGAAACGUGUUGAGGACAUCAUCCGCGAGUAUGAUGAUAAGAUUGAUGAGUGUAACAAGGUCGUCUACAAUACGUCUCUUGCUGUGCAAACGGUAUGGAACCACAAGAUGAGACAAGACUCGUUCACAACCACGGAGAUCUCCAAAGCAAAUCGAGCCAUGGCCUUUGAUACUCGGCACGAGAGUGCGCAGAUGAGGACAAUCGCCAUUCUCACCAUGAUAUACCUACCGCUCUCAAGCGUGGCGGCGAUCUUUUCGAUGGACAUGUUCAACUGGGAAGCCAGCGCAGGAGAGUCCAUCGUCUCAAAACAUAUCUGGCUAUUCGCGGUGUUGACUGUGGGGCUUACUUUCCUUACUCUCGUCGCCUGGCGAGUCGGCACUCAGCGCUCGAAGGACGUUACGAAGAAGGCAGAUAAGUAUUUCGCCGAACUCCAGAGGCAGGGUACCUUUGUUUGA